AUGGCCUGGUUAGGAAAAAAGAGGAAGAGAUAAUCUUCAACAAAGGUGGAAUUUUCAGGUCAGAUGAUUUAAAGAUAGGGGGUCUUCGGUGACUUUUUAAAUUAAAAAAAAAAUUUUUUUUAAUGUUUACUUAUUUUUGAGACAGAGCAUGAACAGGGGAGGGGCAGAGAGAGAGGGAGACACAGAAUCUGAAACAGGCUCCAGGCUCUGAACUGUCAGCACAGAGCCCGACGUGGGGCUCAAACCCACAAACUGUGAGAUCAUGACCCGAGCCAAAGUCGGAUGCUUAACCGACUGAGCCACCCAGGUGUCCCUUCGGUGACUUUUUUAGAUGUUGCUAGGCUAAAGGGGGUCUACAGAUUGGCAAUAUCCUAACAUGCCUAGGAAUAGGGUACAGAACAGGUAGUGUCUGGGCAAUUCCUCCUCCCCACCGUAUCUUCUCUGCAGAGAGUUAAGACCAUGGGUUUAACAAGUCUGAUCUAGAAGACUGCUCUUCAGUGGUGAGAGAGAUGGCCUUCCUCAGACCUCUGCUUUCUUAUUCUUUGGAGCUCUCCUCAUCUCAAGUUCUCAGGGAGACUUUUCCCUUGGAGACCUUAAAUUGAUUUUCCGAAGGAAGGGCAGUCUCUUCUUGGCAGGUGAGAGCUGGCUGAAGAGGGAGCACUUUGCCUACAAUCCACAGUGAGGACUCAACACUGUCUUAGUUGGUCCCUGAAGUCCCAGGGCCAACAGACAGGCUCCAAACCCUGCACUGCAGCACUGGCAGCUGUUUCCAAGUAGCUAUCAAGGCUUUUCCAAAUUGUUUUCAUCUUUCUGAGCAAGGCCAGAUUCCAGUUUCAUAGGGAAAGUCCUGAUGGGAACUUAGACUAAGGACAAGCUGAGAGCCAGUUCUAAGAAAAUUUGCUGGCAAGACUCAAACCCAACCAGACAGCUGCCAAGAAACUGCUGUAGGAGAGCCUGAAGCUCUGCAGACUGGGAGCAGCCCUCAGUUUUGCCUCUAGGCCCUCCUUGCAAAUUCUCAGCUUGCCCAGAGGGGCCAGGAAGGACAGGGAGGGGUCUGGCAGCCUCUGUCAACACACGGUUCCAGCAAGUUGCUGGGGGCCUCCUGGUUCAGGAGCUCAUGGGGAACAGGAAUUGUUAGCUGUUCCCUUCUUGGUUCAGAGACAAGGCGACCUCCUAGCCCUCCUCCUUCCCAGGGGCUCUCCCAGCAGUGCCCUGAGUCAGCCGUUGCUGCACAGCUCCCACAGAAAGCAACCAGGAGUCGGGGCUUAAAAAACCAAUCUAGCUCAUGGCUUCUGGGAAUCUUCUCUCUAUAGCACUUUAUGUAGCUAUGUGCACAAAGCCAGGUAGGUACUGCACUGGGGGAGGAAGGUGAGAGGGAUGUUGGUGGUAAGAGGUGACCCUGAUUCCCACCUGCCCUCAGAAGUGUGGGGAGUCUCUGAACACGCCCUUCCCAAUAGUGUCUGUGCUGCAUUCUACCCAUGAGUGUUAACAGGGUGACUUCUUCAGGCCCAGGCGGGACAAAAUUUGGAGAGUUCCUUUGAAAUCUUUCAGUGAGAGGUACUAUGCAGUAUGACAUUGGUGAUCAGGAGACAAGUGUGAAGAUUUCUAUUCAUAGAGUUUGUGACACUUUUGUCCCUCUCUUUCACCUUAUUUCUCCUUAGUGAAAUGCAAAAGUGCAAAGUUUAUUUCCUGUUCCCAUUUCCUUAUUUUCCUCCAACCUGGAUCCUUGUUCACCCCUCCCCCUGGCACUCCCCUUUAAAGUUCCUGCUCCCUUCUAUCUGGAGGCUGUUCACUCUGGGCUCCUGACCUGUAACCCAGUAAUGAUUUGAUCCCAAGGCCCCCAAUUCCCAGCCCAGUGCCUUUUCUCCUACCCAGGCAUUCACCACAAAGACUGGCACUCCAGUGAAUGUGAGUCACACACAGAAAACCGGUGCUGCUUCUGCCCUGGGAUUCAAUCACAAAGUUCUAUUUCCAGCUCUGCUCUGGCCUGGCAUGGAGACCAUGUAUGUAGAAAGGAUCAAGGGCUCCUGCCCCCACCUCCCCUCCUGGUGCACAGUCACUGAAAUAUAAGCUUUGUGGAGGGCCUGGCAGGGUGGCUUUCUGAGCAACACUCAGCAUUUUCCCGAGAGCCAGCCCCUCUGCCUUGCACCUUUGGGAGGAGUCCAGUGAUGAAUGCCAUCUGAUGCCUGCAGCAGUAGAAACUCAAUCGCAGGGUCGUCCACCUUGGGAAUGAGGCGUCUUCGGAAAAUGAUCAAGCCACACGCUCUGAGGGCCAUGGUCUAUCUGAGGACUUAAGGAAGAAGAUGUGAGACCCUGGGAAGUUACACAAAACAGGAAGAUCUACCCUGGGGGCAGCAUUCUGGUGCUGGAGAACAGCACAGACCAGCUAACAGUGACCUCAUCAGCUACAGAAAAAGGCAGCAUACCGAAGACAAGAUGGGAGAAACCAGGAAUCAGAGGCUGAUUUGUGUGUGAUGGUAGGACCCUGGCCCCUACCCUGUCAGGGAAGCUCUAUCCCAACUCCUCCAGGACUCCCUGUUAAGACACAGGGGCUGGGGCUGGUGUGUGUGCAUUAAGAGACUGGAGGUCCUCAGAAGCAAACCCACUGAAACUGGAGAGAUGCUGUGAAUGGAAGAGAUGAGGAACAUUCUCAUCAAACCCAUGGUCCCAUUUCCUUUCGGCCUCCAGCCUGAGUCUGUGGGGCAGAGACCCCAGCAAUGUAGUUUCAGAUGGCUUGAGGACUCAUUCAGGGAAGGUAGCUUGGGGUACUAAAAAGCUUUUUGUUAUUGAUAUUUUUAGUCUUUUAUCCAGGUUUUAGAAUGUUACACGUUCAUGUGGUUCAUAAUUCUAAGUACAAAAAGGCACACACAGUAGAAAAUCUCUUUCCUACCCCAUCAAAAGCAAGCUAGUAUAAUGGUCAAGAGUGUGAAUCUGCAGCAUGAGUUCAAGUUUUGACUUUACUACUUAUUCACUAUGUGAUUAGCUCCUAAGUCUCAUUUUCCUCAGCUCUAUCUAAGACAGGAUAGUAACAGUUCUACCUCAGGGGCACCUGGGUGGCUCAGUCAGUUAAGCAGCAGACUUUGGCUCAGGUCAUGACCUCAUGGUUUGUAGGUUCGAGCCCUGGGUUGGGCUCUAUGCUGAAAGCUCAGAACCUGGAGCCUGCUUCAGAUUCUGUGUGUGUGUGUCUCUCUCUCUGCCCCUACCCCAUUCAUGUUCUGUCUUUCAAAACUGAAUAAACGUUAAAAAAAUUUUUAAUAACAGUUCUACCUCAAGGGGUUGCUGUGAGGGUUGCUGUGACUUAACUUUUGUAAAGUGCUUUAGAACAGUGCCAGGCAUGUAAUAAGCAUUCAAAAGAUUUCAAUAUGCAUAGGAAAAUGUUUGGAAGGAUACACAUCAUUAAUAGUAUUUCCUGGAGGAUGAGAUUAUGGGGAGACUUUAAUUUUCCAGUCCCUAUAUUUCUGUAUUGUUUGGAAGUUUACAGAAAAUAUUUAUUAAUUUUAUAACCAGCAAUUCUGUGAAGACUACAAUUUUUUAGCCUUUUCCAUUUUAGUUACUUUUCUUUCCAUUUCAGAAAAGAAUGUCAACAACAAGAACAACAACAACAAAAGAGAGGAAGGGAGAAGAAUAGAAAUAUCUGCAGAAGUGAAAAAACAACUCAUCUGAAGGGGGACAGGUUAUCAAGCUCAUGAACUUAUAGGAGGAGCUGGAGCCCUUUGUCAUAGAGUUGAAUGGACAUCUGGCCGAGCACUCGGAGUAACUGAAGGAGGACAUUCAGCAGGAGUUGGGGAGCUGCCGGCCUGAGUGCUAUAUCCUGCACCGACAAGGUGAACCAGCAGAUCAGUGUCAAAAGAACGUCGCGAGAUCUUCACUCAAGCUGUAUGGUUGGUUGAAAGACGCAAAGUGAGGGUUACGCCCACUGCUUCCUCCGUUCACUGAUUGGUCUUCUAGAGGAAAAGGGCUCUAACGUCAACGAGUUCCGCGAAUGCCCAUUGGUAGAUGGUGCGGCCCUGUCGGCGCGCGGGCGCCGGCGCGGGCGUUCGAACGCGGGGUUGGCGGCGUUACCAUGGCGAUGCGGCCUGGCCGGAGCAGCAAAAGCCGCAUCAUUCCUUUAGAAAUAAUUCCUGGUGCCAACAGUUCCCAAAAGGAUGUAGCCUUGGAAGUUAUAGAAACUCAUUCACAAAAAAUGACAUCUUGGUUGUAUGAAUGUCUUUGUGAAGCUGAACUUGCACAGUAUUAUCCUCAUUUUACUGCCCUUGGUCUUCAAAAAAUAGAUGAAUUAGCCAAGGUUACAAUGAAGGACUAUUCCAAAUUGGGAGUCCAUGACAUGAAUGACCGCAAACGUCUCUUCCAACUUAUCAAAAUCAUUAAGAUUAUGCAAGAAGAAGAUAAAGCAGUCAGUAGCCCAGAGCAUCCUCUUCAGACAAACAGCCUGUACAUUAAGCCUCAGGAAUCCAGAUCUGGCCCUCGCAGACAACUGCAUUUUGAUUCUCCUGCUGACAACAAAGACAGAACUACCAGCAACAACGGGCUUGAAAUGUGCAGGUUAUCAGAUUCUUCUGUAAACAAACAGAAGUCUAGUUACCUCAAAGUGCUCCAACGCAUGCUGCCGGCUGAUUCCCAACACCAUACAAAAACAAGAAUUCGGAAUGCCACAGCUGCUGGUUCCUAUGUGCAAACAGAAACUAACACUUCACUCUUUUCAUCAAAUCACUUUUCUCCAAUACUGGGGGAUUAUGAUAUUCCCGUUAUUCAAAGAGUCCCUCAUGUUUCAGAGUAUAACUAUGGAAUCCCUCAGUCCUGUAUCAGACAGAACACCUCAGAGAAAGAGAAAUCUUGGACUGAGAUGGAGAAAAUCAGAGUUUGUGUUCGAAAACGCCCUUUGGGCAUAAGGGAGGUACGUCGUGGAGAAAUUAAUAUUAUUACUGUAGAAGACAAAGAAACUCUACUUGUUCAUGAGAAGAAAGAAGCAGUUGACCUCACACAAUAUAUUCUGCAGCAUGUUUUUUAUUUUGAUGAAGUCUUUGGUGAAGCAUGCACCAACCGGGAUGUAUACAUGAAGACUACUCACCCACUCAUUCAGCAUAUUUUCAAUGGAGGGAAUGCCACUUGCUUCGCAUAUGGACAGACAGGUGCUGGGAAGACCUACACCAUGAUAGGAACUCAUCAGAACCCAGGACUCUAUGCUCUGGCUGCCAAAGAGAUCUUCAGGCAACUAGAAGUGUCCCAGCCAAAAAGGCACCUCUUUGUGUGGAUCAGCUUUUAUGAAAUCUACUGUGGACAGCUUUAUGACCUCUUAAAUAGAAGAAAAAGGCUCUUUGCAAGAGAAGAUAGCAACCACGUGGUACAGAUAGUGGGACUGCAAGAGCUUCAGGUGGACAGUGUGGAGCUCCUCUUAGAGGUGAUUCUGAAAGGCAGCAAGGAGCGCAGCACUGGGGCCACUGGAGUUAAUGCAGACUCCUCCCGCUCCCAUGCUAUCAUCCAAAUUCAGAUCAAAGAUUCAGCCAAGAGGACAUUUGGCAGGAUCUCUUUUAUUGACUUGGCUGGCAGUGAAAGAGCAGCAGACGCCAGAGACUCAGAUAGACAGACAAAGAUGGAAGGUGCAGAAAUAAACCAGAGUCUUCUGGCUCUGAAGGAAUGUAUCCGAGCAUUGGAUCAGGAACACAGCCACACUCCCUUCAGGCAAAGCAAAUUAACUCAGGUCCUGAAGGAUUCUUUCAUCGGUGAUGCCAAAACAUGCAUGAUUGCCAACAUCUCGCCAAGCCACGUGGCCACUGAACACACUCUGAAUACCUUGCGUUAUGCUGACCGGGUCAAAGAACUAAAGAAAGGCAUUAAAUGUUGUGCUUCAGCUACCAGUCGAAAUCGGACCUCUGGAAACUCUUCUCCAAAACGAAUCCAGAGCUCCCCUGUGGCCCUGCCAGGGGAUAAGUGUUCUCCCAAAAAAGUCAAGCUGGGACUUCAGCAGUCAUUCACAGCAGCUCCUGGUUCCACGAGAGGGAAGGCUCAUCCUCUGGCAAACCGCCCACCCAAUAUCCCUUUUGCUCCUGUACCUAAAGUUCCCAGUAAAAGGGGUGGAUCCAGAGGGAGUCUUCACCAAGAGUGGGUCAUUCAGACUAGCCCUGUGAAGGGAGCCACACGGUCUGGACAUUCAGUCAAAAAAAGAGAAGAGUCUGCCUCAUUGUGCUCUGAGAAAAUUCAAAUGAGCCACAAAGCUGCCCGCAGAUGGGGAAGCAGGACCCCUGGCCCAGGAGAAGACCCGGUGCAUGGCAAACUGCCCUCCAAGUGCAAGAAAGUGCAGACUGUGCAGAAGCAGCUUGUGUCACGAGUUGAGCUGUCCGCUGGCAACCUCCACCACUUGGCAGAAUACAGUCAGGGCAGCAAGGGGAGCACAACUGCCAGGUCUGCCUCUGAAGCUUGGACAGACAUCCCUCCACACCAGAAGGAGAGGGAGGAACAUUUGCGCUUUUAUCACCAGCAGUUCCAGCAGCCGCCUCUCCUCCAGCAGAAGUUAAAGUACCAACCACUGGAAAGGUUUUUAUGCCAGUACAGGCCCCUAGAGGGGCAGCUCCAGAAGGAGACCCCUCCUCCCUUCUGUUCUUACUCUGAGAGCCAGGAUGGAGCCCAAACUGAGGACCUUGAUGACAGCGAUUUCAGUGAAGAUUCUUUUUCACAUGUCUCCAGUCAGAGAACCACAAAGCAGAGAAACACCCUAGAGAAUAGCGAAGGUUCAUUCUUCCUUCAUCAGAGGGAACAAGGACCUGAGGAGCAGGUGGCUGAAAGGCAGCGAAGUCUGCUUUUUAACCCCAGGACAGAUGGUGAUGAGAAGUGUCUAACUGGAAGCUGGAUGUACUCCAGGGACCCCACAAGCCACAGAAGAGCAGCACUUAAUCGUGGCUACAGCCCAAGUAAGUUACCUUUGGACUGGAGCAGAGAGGAGGACUCUAUCUCCUCAGCACCUUCUCCCAGAGACAACCUGGCAGAGAAGCCUUACUGCUCACAGGUAGAGUUUGUAUAUGGCCAGAAAAGAGGUGGCAGCCCAGCCUUUGAUCUCAGACAGAAUGCCUUCAGAAGUGAGGUUCCUGGGCAGGCCGAGGGUACUUCACCAUCCCUGGAGGCAGAUGGUUUCAUUUUCUCACUAUCCCACAUUGCAGUUGCAAGAUCUCCAGACCAAAGAGACACAGUCAGUACACCUCUGAAAGAAGUCAGACAAGACAGCCCAACAGCAAAGAACAGUUAUACAUACCAAGACGACGACUCUAAAGGGGAAUCAGGCACAUGCUCUGAAUAUGCUUCUGGAGUGAUGGCUCCCCUCACUGUGUCCCUCCUGGAGAACACAGACAAUGAGGGCUCUCUUUCCUUGGAGCAGCUGGCCCAGGAUGGGCCUGUGCAUAGUCUAGCGGCAGUGGACACAGGGGGACCAGCUGUGGACCACACAGUGUCAUCUGAUGAUCAAAAGGCACUUCUGCCAAUCUCUUCAGCAACUGGGCACCUGUGGCUCUCAUCAUCUCCCCCUGACAAUAAGCCUAGUGGUGGUCUUCCAGCUCUGUCCCCAUCACCCAUCCGUCAGCAGCCCCCGGACAAGCUACCCACAAGUGAGGCCGACCUAGGAGGGGUCUGCGAGAGCACAGAGACUGCUCUCUUCUCCCAGGAACAUGUGGGUAGCCAGCAGUAUGAUGCUGAUGCUAAGGACACAGAGCUGAAUAGCUCCCAAGGUUUCCCAGGAAAACCCUUCCCCACCAUACAUACUGGAGGACCCCACCCUGGGCCUAUAUUCACCCCACAAACAGAAAGUAGUGAUAUGGCUGACCAGCCCUGGGCCCAGGAAAGAAAACAUCCAACAGGUCUUGGUUGGCAGGAGCUGAGUUUGUCCACAGACCCCAUCAAGUUGUCUUGCUCCAACACAGACGUCGUAUGGCUCAAAUACAGGCUGAUCCCAAGAUGCUUAGCAAGGCCAGGCUCUCCCCUGAUCCCCAGCUGCUCUCCAGAGACGGCAGGAAAAGUCCAUCAGCUCACCCUGGGGCAUGCACAGCAGGUGGUCAUCCGAGCACACCAGGAACAGCUGGAUGAAAUGGCAAAACUGGGCUUCAAGGAGAAGACCCUAAUGAGCCAGUUGGCUCUUAAUGAUUUUGAAGAUUUUGUGACCCAGCUGGAUGAAAUCAUGGCUCUGAAAUCCAAGUGCAUCCAGAGUCUGAGGAGCCAGCUUCAGCUAUAUCUGGCCUGCCACAGGCCAGCCACCGCCCCUGAGAGAACAAUGGUGUCUUAGAGUAAGACCCAGUAUGAGGUGAUGGCAGCUCAGGAGCCUGUGCUGAAGGGGCCUCUGCCAGGUCCUCCCUGCAGAUACCAGACCCACUCCCUGAUCCUUCUCAGGCUACCCUUUCCCUAGCCACACAUGGCCUUGACUGGGCCCCAGCUCCUCUCUCAGGACCAAGACUCUGUCCCUCAAUUUCAAGCACAAGGCCAUCUGUAAGGAAGGACAGAGCAGCCUAAAAAAAACAAUAUGGCCCUCCCUUUUCUUUGGGGCUAGAAGAGAAUUUGUCUUACUGACCUCUUGUCUGGAAACACACUUGGGUCUAAUAACCUUGUAGAUGUUUCUGAAUUUAAGGCUCAGAGGAUGAGGUCAGUGGUAAUGUAAAUGCCAAAGGCCACAAGCUGGAGAAGAAACCAUGCUGAACUCAGGGGCUUUGUUAGAUGAAUUCUGUUCUUCAAGACUUAGCCAAAAACUAAAACACUGGUGGCUUGUAGUGGGGGCUGGGUGAGCUCUGCCCCAUCAGCCCUUGGAGACUGGUUUGGGCUUUAGGUUGCAUACGUGGGACAGGCUUUAUACCCCCAGUUCCCCUCCCUUCCUGCAAUCCAGACACAGAAGGGAGUGUUCAUAUUACUGCAUUAUUCUUUUCCCAUCUCUGCUUAUGCUGGGAUGACUGGCCUAUUAUAAGCCCUAACAGCACCCAUGCUCCUGUGGCAGGCAGUUCCUGGCUCCUGAGUCCUCACCUGUCACGCCCUCUCGUGGCAGAGUUGAAGGGGAGGAUCUCAGGCAAGUCCAUCUCCUAGUGUUACCUUUAACAUGACCCUGAGUGUCCACUACCUCAAGAGCCUGUGUUUAGUAGUACCUUGGCAGGAGUGCUCCAGUCAGUAGUCUUGAGAAUCUGAAGCAGAAUUUUUACACA